AUGAACCACACAAUUAACACGACGACGGCUGACACUCUGGAUGCCUGGAACCAAGAAAUAUCAACUAGCUUAUUUCCACAUUCGAUCCUGCUCAUCGUCUACCUUGUGGUUGGGUCCCUAGGUAACUCUCUUGUUAUCUACGUGCAUGUAUUCCGACUGCAAUCAAGAAAAGAGGAUCGCUUUUACAUCCCUAUCCUUGCGGUAGUAGAUAUGUUUUCAUGUGGUUUUACCGCACUGUUCACUCUCGCUUUAAACUUGUUAAACGUGAAGUUCAGUAAUGCCACUGCCUAUUUAUCAGACCUAGAAUACGGACUAUACACAUUCCUAUAUCAAUUCUACAUCUUCAAUAACGUUAUCAAUCCUGUAAUUUACGGUCUUUUUGACAACACGUUCCGUCGGGAUGCAGCUCAGCUUUUCCGUUCGUGUUGCAAAAUUGUGCCGACAGGGACAUCCAUGCCAUAA